AUUCUGGGUGAACAUACCUCGAGAUUUCUGGCACAGAAUUCGAGUUCUUAGAACGAGAAGAAGCUAUAACGGUCUGUCUUCUUAGAAUCUCGGGCACAUUGGUAUAUUGCAGACUUAAUUUAUUUAUCUAAAAUAGCGAACCUGAACAGUCGAUCGUCAUGACUGUCGUUGGCUGCAACAAGUGUGUCAAAUUCAUGCUCUUUUUCUUUAAUUUCGUUUUCUGGUUGGCUGGAGGUGUGAUCUUGGGAGUGGCUCUAUGGCUUCGUCAUGACAACCAGACCAGCAGUCUCCUCAUGCAGCAGUUUGAAGGCCAGCAGGCUCCAAACACCUUCUAUACCAGCGUGUACAUUCUGAUUGCUGUGGGAGCUGUGAUGAUGAUUGUAGGGUUCCUUGGUUGCUAUGGUGCCAUCCAGGAAUCUCAGUGCCUCCUUGGAACGUUCUUCUUCCUGUUGGUGUGCCUCUUCGCCUGUGAGGUGGCUGCUGGGAUCUGGGGAUUUAGUAACCGUGACACAAUCUCCAAGGAGAUGAUAAACUUCUAUGAUGCGGCGUACAUCAAGUCAGUGGACGUUGUGGACUCUUCCAGCAAAACAGCUGCUAUCAAAGUCCUGGAGGUGUUCCACGAGACGGUAGGUCUCUGACCUCUGACCUCUGGC